AUGGAACUGUUUGAAUUAGACAUCCUACUGCCGCAGAUGAAGAUCAAAUUAAUGUCAGGAACGACAGAUACACAGAUGUGGGUCGCGGAGCAAAUAUUAAAGUAUCUGAAAAAAACAAUCGAGUCAAAGAGAGAACAUCUUGUGGAAAAACUCGUUAAAUGUGACAUAAUCUCUACCAUAUGCGAUGCAAUGCAAACGACUUGUUCUACAGAUGAAAAUUUUGUUAAAGUUGUUCUCGAGUGUCUUGAGAUUAUAAGCGUCUAUAAAAAGUUCUACGAAAAUCACACGGCCAUGAGUGCUAUAAAAUCAAUGUUAAGAAUUAGUUACUGUGUGUACACAUCACUCAAAGACACGGUACUGUUUGAAGAGGUUGUACAAGGUGUCUGCAAUAUACUUGUUAGAUCAAUGAAAUUAGCUGUGGAUUUUGACACUGUUUGUGUUCCACAACAAAUUAUAUUUUUCAUAAAGGAACUGGAUGUCCAAGAUUCGCGAAAUAAUAAGAUGAAAUUUAUGAUCGUCACGAUAUUAAAUGUUGUUCUGCAACAAAUAACUAUCGAUGAAAUCGUUGAUGCAGAGAUAAUUAUUGACAUCUCUUGCGAUGCAUUAAAAUCAAUGAUAGAAAUUGUCAAAUACGGCGACGAUGAUAACACGAUUUUACGCGCUACUGCCUUAUUAUGCGGUACUUGCGCCGGCAGUUCUCGGUAAAGAAAAGACAUCGAUAAAGUUAUUUUUCUUACUAUUAAUAUUCAAUCUAAUUUUCAGAAGUCUGUAAUUUCUCAAAAGAAGAACAAUCUGUCAUUUUGCAUUUAUGAUACGAUAAUGAAUAUAAUUAUACCAUAUGUCAAAGAUGCAGAUUUGUCUCGUAUAGACUCAAACGAGUUUCACAGAAAUUUCAUCUUUUGUCUGAACAAUUUGUAUCAGUUGGAAAAUUGUUAUCAUGACAAUUUGUCAAACUACUUGGUUGCUAAUGGUUAUCUGAAGUACUUCUUGCUCUUGACUCUAGAGUUUCCGAAAAAUUUACGAAGAAACAUUUGCUUAUUACUAUCACAGAUUCUGAGUAUUCUUAGUAAAAGAGCAUUCUCAAUCAAAGACAAGAACGAGUUUACACAUUGUUUGCGCAAAGAUUUUCUUGACUUAAUAUCGAAAGGUUCGACGAAAGAGCGAUGGAACGAUGCUGUAGCGUCCUGUCGUGGAAAUGAUGGAACGGCCUUGCUGAUUUUGUUAUAUUAUCAUUUCCAAGGCACUGGAGAAAACGACAUGAUAUCUUUGGAGUCGUUAAUUGCUAGAAUCAUGGUAUUUUCAAUAUCUAAGCCAAUCUCAGUCCCGGUUUUAAAACCUUUAUGGUUUCUAUUUGCUGUGACAUCUAUCUCUCACCGGUCUCCUAAUUCGAUACGUAAUUACGAAAAUGCGGUUACUAGAUUAACGAAUAUCCUGCAAAAGUUAGAGAUCAGCAAUUUUUAUACUCACCACAUCGAUCUUCUACAUUAUUAUCUUAAAUGCUCAAACGUUUCGCAGAACUUAUUGAAUCAAGUUUUAAAUUUAUGGUUGAUAGAAUCCGAUGGUGAUAUCAAGCCGUUACUAUCAUUCAAUUGUGACAAAGUGGUUCGCCAUUUAUUGGUUGUGAUACGGAACGGUUAUCCCGAACAUGUUAUCAGUGCAGCUAUGAAAGGACUCCGUCAUCUAAUUCAAAUUGACAAUAAUGAUAAACACAUUGUAGAACAAGUCGCGGAAACUGUGUGGCACAUGCUGCCUAACAUACUUUCAUCAUAUCAUUCAGAUACUGUUGCGCAUAUAGAAGCAGCUUUGGAAUUAGCCAAUAUUACUCAACCACAUAUAAUGCCGAUUGAAAUUAUAAUACGCAGCGCUCAUAAUAUUGUUGAUAUUAUAUUAAAGAAAAACACAGAUUCAAAAUUCUUAACUUUAGUUGUAACGCAAGCACAUGUCCUGUUGGUUUCCGCUAUAUCAUAUGAGUCAUUUAAAGUGCUUCAAAUAUACAUACAACAACCUAUACUAUUAAAAGAAUUAUAUGUUUAUGGAUUUUCAAAAGAAAGAUCGGAAUUGUCCACGAUUAGCAUAAAACUGCUCACAUUCAUUAUUCAUUGCCAAAAAAAAUCAUCGAUAAAGUGCAAACAGCCACUCAAGAUUCACAUAAAAAGCUUAGUUGAUCUCUUAUCAUAUGCGAGAAAAUCGUCAAAUUGCAUAAUAAAUGAAAUGCAAUUUGUAUGUGAUCUUUUAACACAAAAUGUUGAUAAAUCGGCUAUUGUUUUGCAAAAGAUUUCAUCUGCUAGUGAUGUGGACAUGGUUAUUUAUCUCUAUGAAGUUUUUCAUAUUAUUCACGCAAUGAAACAUGAGCCGCAACGGGAAACGGUAUAUCAAAGUCUAGUGGUUUUAUUACAUUUCUGUAAUACUAAAGUAACUACUAAAGCACCACUAGUACCUCAUAUUUGUACCGUAAUGAGUAAUUAUAAUCUCAUUUUUAAUGUCGUAAGAACACGAUAUGUAUCGUAUCAAUUUGUCGAGUUCGUCACUACAUGGCUUCGUUAUCGCAAAGCAACUUGCAACGAUGUAUUGUGGAAUCCUAGAUCGCUGUGUAAAACACCUUUUGAUCAAGUUUUGGAUUAUCUUAAAGAAUAUUCUGUGAUGUUACAUAACAAAGAGUUGAAAGAUGCUUAUCAGAGUCUUCAAUGUGCGGUAAGAAGUGUUUUAACAAUACUAGAAGUAAACUACAUAUUUUAUAAGAGCUAUCAAUAUCUUGUCACUUUUAUAUUUUUUUUUGUUCUUAAAUUUUUAUAUUUUUAUUUUAGCUGUCACAAUUCCAAUGAACAAUAACAAUUGUAUAGAUUAUAUCACGUUAUAUCACAGUAUAAUUAGUUUAUACAAGGAAGAAGUUAUAAAGAGUUCACAUAUAUUUUAUGAGAGAUUCUGAAUUUCCUAUUAUAAAACUUAAUGCAAUUUACUUUUUAAUGUAUAAUAACUAACUUCAAUUAAUAAGAGCUUAUGGUUCUGUA